ACACAUACUCCGAAAAGGAGGGGGCGUGGUGCGAUUGCCUGCGGUUUUCCACACACAUAUUCCGACACCUUCAACAGUUCAACCGUCUCCAUAAUAUCCACGUCAUCACACUCAUCUCCUUACUUUUAUCUCAUUUCAUUCAGUUGCUGCUGCUUCCAGAUUUCAUUACUUCACUUGUUACUCUAAUGAACUACACCGAUCAUAACCAAAAGUGCAGUUGUUUCACCGAAAUGUGGGACUGGCAAGGUGAAGAUUACGGUUUGCAAACGGAAGCAGAUAGUACUACUAGCCUAUGGAACAAUGUAAAUGAGAAUCAGGAUGAUCUUUCGUGCGUGUUCGAUGAAACGACCCCCGCAAAGUCCUUUGAGGAUUUGGAUUAUCAAGUUAACUACAAUGAAAAUAUAAACAAGGAAACGGAUCCGUGUGCAGAAACCUACUCACAAGCAAAAAGACGUCGAAUGCUGCAUUUUGAUAGUGAGAUUUCGGAUGCGGAUAUUAUGCCACUUUGUGAAGAGGACUUCUCAUCUGUAUAUAUAAAAUCCAAGGAAUGGGAGGCUUCAAUGGAUGAAGCUUUGUCCGAUAUGACUCAAUGGGUUGCCGGAUUCGCAGAUGAUACAUCUGGAUCGGGUAACGGGGGUCUAGAUCCGUCUUCAGAGGAAUGGCUAGCCGAUUGUCUAAUAAAUGAUACAGAAAUGCAUUUACACGUCGAUGAUAUGAAUCCAUCUGGAUCCACUGCUGUUCAGAUUGAUCUUACCGAGUCGAACAAUUCUGAACCCGAAAACGGAUGUGGUACUGGUCAAAAGCUCCUGACUCCUACCAGUAAAAAUAUCGUCUUUAAAGGGAAAAGGUCUUGUAUCAAGACACCAACGAAAAUGACUUCAUCGGUUGUGCGCCCAUUUGCCUUUGUAAAACCAUGUGGUAUGCAAGGAGCCGUUACGAUAAAAGACAUCAACCAGAAAAUACACACUCCACCGCCAUCAAAAUCAAAGAAAAAUAACGAAAAUGCCCCAAAAUCGUAUCCCACUUCGGCCUUUUCAGGCAAACCCGUUGUUGGUAAAACCAAGAUUCGUACCGAAGGAGGAAAAGGCAGCAUUACGAUUAUGAGAACCAAAGGAUGAUCAAGUUUUGUCCCCGAAAAAUGAGAAGAAAAAAACAAUGAGAGAAGGGUAAUGAGAAGAAUUUGGUGGCCAUUAUUAAGUUAUCGAAUUAUGCUAAGUGUUUGUAUGUUCAUGAAAUGGUUUUACUUGGCAGAUUCUUGUCUUAUCCUUUUGUAUUUAGAAAAUACAAGUGAAAUUAUUAUGUAAUUUGUAUGUUAAUUUUUGUCA